CUCACCGGCAUUUUCAAGGCGAGGUGGGCAGUUAUCAAUGUUCUUCACCUUCCCAAAAUGCUCGAAACAUCACUCUAAAUGCCAGGAGGUGAACGAUCCGUAGUCCAUGCCCAAUGAAGGUAAACGUAAGCGACCAAACAUGAUCAACAUCAUCUCUUUUUGUGAUUGGGUCAGCUGAUUGAGUGUCUCCGCGCGACUGUCCAUGCUCUACUUUCGCAUCCAGCCUCUUGAUCUCGAGCGAGUCGCUGCUACCGUGCAUCGCAUGGGGCUCGGAGAUUGUUGGGCUGAAAACAGCAUGGAGACUCAUGGACCCAGUGGCGACGACGGACCGUACCCACUGUGGAUCUCAUGAGCCAUAACCCCGUCUCUGACAUGGCCUCAUGCUGUAAACGAGUGAUCAAGCACUCACCCUGUAGAACUGACUUUCUAGAGAUCCAACUCCUGCGAUAGAGUCGUCCGCCGGCCGCGUUGUGAGAAACGACGCAGUACAUCCCACCCACCUAACAUAAUCCAAUCGCAUCCACGAGUCGCCGUGUCUAGGAUUUCAGACGAGAAACACAUCACGCCACGAACGACAUUUCCACACCGUUCUGGAUGCACGGCGGAACGUGCCUCUACAGCAACGGCCAUCAAGAGCGGCAAAGCAGUGGCCGAGGGAUUUUCGCGCUCAGAGAUGAACUUGACCGCAACGAGACCCUUCCGAGCAAGAAACGAUGGAUACCAUCGACCGAGGGAUCCGCACAGUCGUGCACUUUCCGGCGAUGGAGGGGUCAUCCCACCAGCGCACGACAUCGUCCUUGCUCUCUCUUACCUGAUUUCAGUUCUUCGACGUUGGUCAUCUGGUUGCGUGCUCUGCUGGAAGAGAGGAAGAAUCAAACUAAGCUGCUUGAAUAGCUCUUCUAUCACCUCGUGUGGUGGAGUGGCGGUGGCCAAAUGCGGGGGACUCAUCGUCGUGUUCGGUGCAUCACCGCUUACCUCAAUGGAGACGGCGCUCGGACAUCCUGUCAGAGUUUAUUGAGUAGCUGACCCACUGACUGUCACAGCAUCCGUUGAUGCAGGCCUGGCACGGCGUGUGCGUUCCUGGCUUCAACGGUCAGACAACGCGGAUCCCUCCCCGAAUUUUGGUCCUUGGAUGUUCCGGUCUUGGCAGAUGACCACACACCGUCAGCACGUACGUCGGUGAAACUACCAAGUAUCGGAUACUGUAAUGGACGCGUUUCUCCGUCUGGACCCAGUCGAUUGCACGCGUGUGCUGUGAUUUUCGGCUUCGAGUACCGGGUCCAGGCCGUCGCAAAGCUCUCUCUUUGAUCCAUUUUACGGUUCA